AUGGCCGUUGCGAGUAACGCGGUUGCGGUCCGCGAGAGCAUCAAGCAAAACAAGGGAGUCAACGACCGGAAGGCAGAGCGCCUGGCGAUGGAAAAGGCCUUGACCAAGAAUAAGUCGCCAGAGGAGAUCCGAAAGACAAUUGCCUCUCUUGCAACCGAAAGUCCCUCAAAGCGCCCGGCGCCUGACUCAGAGGCUGACAGCCCUUCUAAGUGUUCGCGCAAGAACGCCGGGAAGUCAGAAUAA